ACAGACAAGGAGACCAUGCACAGACCAUGCACACACACACACGCAAAUUCACAUGUACACAAAUACACACACACACACACACACACACACACACACACACACACACACACACACACACACAUGUCGAUGACGUCAUUGUGCAUUUCGCCUGGCAGAGAGAAAAGGACAAAAGACAAAUUGUACCAUCAUGUCGAUGUCAGUAGCACAGGUGGAGAAAGCUCUUGCUGAGGUAAUGAAGUAUGCAGCGGAGGGCAUCCACGACAACGGUGACAUCGAGUUCUCUUUGCUGAAGGAGAGGGUGCCGAGGUACGUCGCAAUCAGUGUGGAUAUGAGAUCCACAAUCAUGGCAAAUGAUGAGGGUUGUGUCAAGGCACGAAUGCUCUUGCAACGCUUCCGAGAGUCACCACAUUUACGUGUGGACAAGGAAGUGGAACACAGUCCUUAUAGUCUAAAAGGAGUGGUUCAGUGGAUGUGCAACGAAGGGAUGUGCGAAGAUGGAGACGUGGACAUGACAAUGCACCAAAAAGGGGGAACGUAUGCACCUGCAGAUUUCAAAAAGUUGYUGGGCAYURUGGCGAAGAACUCYGACAUGCUUGUUGAUGGGUCCAAKGACGARUUGAAAAGUGGURCUGCARAGAUCUUGGUGUUGUCCAGAAUGAAGGACAUCACACAAACACCACCACAGGACUUUCAAGAUGUUCCUGUAAUUGUUGCAGAUGGUGUGGAAUAUGUUCUGCUGGAUCAGCUCUGCGAUUUCAUGAAAAAGAGUGAUGAGGACARGAACGUCAUCCACRAGGYGUUGCACGAARUGACAGAGUUUGMWYUGYAGGGUAAAGAUCUGAUCGAAUUUGUGCCARCGAGAGGAGARGACGACUUCAUAUCCGRCAKACCRUURUGGGGGRACUUAUUGUCACGCRUUUUGGACCGRCUCAGUCUUGCAAGUUGCGAUGUUGAGAGACAAAGAGAAAGAGAAGAAGGGUGGAAGUUGAUCGCCAGGGAAACAAGUUUAGCAAUCAUUCCAGACAACGGAGAAACAUCAGCAGCAGAAGAAUCAAUAAGCAGUAUGGCAGUCGAUGUGCCUCCCAUGCAGAUAGCAGAUACAGAGGAGGUACUGCUUGCAGAUAUCUUCAAUGCUAAUGCUAUGGAGAGAGAUCAGUGUGAUGUUGGAUUCGAAGACGCCGAUUUGGCAAGUUGUCUUGCAAUAUACACAGACAAUGAAGAUACAGAAGAAGAUGAAGAAGAGGAUGAAGAGGCAUCGUCUUCUGACGUGGAGGUGAGCGGCAACGAUGUCAGCAGCGACGAGGCAGACGAGGAAGAUGAUGUUUACUAUGAUUUGAAGGGGGCGGGUGGACAAAUGUCAAAAGGUUGGGCACAUGCAGUUCUGAGGUUGGCACGUGCUUUCCCCAAUCCGCAUAAUGUGUUGCGUGUUAUGAUGAAGGGGGCAACACCUGACGGUGCUCUACAGUCUUUCAUGUCCUUACGAACUUUGAAUUCACAUCGUGCGAGGGCAUGCCCGGGUGUGGUGGACGAAAGAGCACAAGGGCAGGAGAUGGGUGUUGUUGACGCCUGCGGGCCAUCAAACAUAGGUCCAGUGAAUCUCGUGAGCGAUGAGAGCGAGGACAUCGGAGCCCCCGAGAACGCAGACGGGGAGGGCGGGCCAUUCGCAAAGCAGCAACUGCCGCCUGCGGAGUCUUUUGACAGCUCUCGCAAGCUGGUGGCACUGAUUUUCUCUGUCAGGGGCGGCGUCGGUAUGUCGCAGAGUGACAUAGAUGCUCUCUUGUCACUUCUCAAAGACCCGAGAUUUAGCACGACAGACAUUGCGUACCGUAAUAGUCGAGAGUGUUUGACAUGGGCAGGCAGUCUAGCAAAGGCUGCGGGAUGGAAGGAGUCGGAUCUGCGUAGCGACGACUGGCCACGAGAUGCGCAUGCCAUCUUGUGGCACCGCGAUUGGCGAACCACAUUUCUGUCGAUUUUUAAUAUCGCAUUACAGAAAUGUGAGACGGUGUCUUCUCUGGAGGUGUUCCCGCCGUCAGAGGUAUCUGGCCCUCGCAGCGGGGUGCUAAGUUAUCACAUCCAGUCGAUCAUUCGAGCAGACAAAGGUGUGGACGGGAAUGGAAAUCCACGUUAUGUUAUCCCUUUGUCUUUGAAGGCCGCGGGAAAGAAGGACAAGGAGAGGAAGAAAUCGAAGGCCGAAAAGAAAAAAGAUUCGAGAGAGCGUCGCAGAAGCGGAUCUGAGAAUGUGAAAACGGAACGCACCAGCAGGCGAAAGCACGGAUCAAAAGUUUCAGUCCCAUCAAGUCAGCGUGUUCUUUCAAAGAUGAAAGAACGCAAUGAGUCCCCCCUUUCAACUCCCACCCCACAGAGCCGUGUCAUCGGUGCCGAGAACCGUCCGCCCAGGACCCUUGAGAAGAGGUCGCGGGAAGAUGAAAUCACAAAGGUGCACCGCAGAACAAAGAAGGGAAUCUCCUACAAAAAGGACACAACGGUGGACAUGAUCGAUCUGAGAGGGUCGGACGAUAUGCACAGCGGAGCCCGAGAGGAAGCAGAGGAGGAACACGACGACCCCUCAUCGAAAAAGUCCGACAGGGAGGAUGACAACUCGUCAAGCGACGAGGUCCACGAGAGUGAGACCUCCCACAGACAUCCUCGCGACACUAACGAGGCUGACGAUGACGACGGCGGGAGUGACGACGGCACCGCGCACGAAGAGAGUGACGAUGGGUCAGCCGAAGACGAUAGAAGCACAUCUAGAAGAGCGAGUUCCCCGUCCCCGGGAGGAACAUAACGCACGAGGGUCCCCGGGAGGAACACAACGCACGAGGGCAGCGCUACCGAC